AUGGCCUGCUGGUUCUGCCUCCUGCCGCUGCUGGCCCUGCUGCUCACAGGGGGCCCUCACCCAGCCAGGGCCAUCGUUAACCAGCACCUGUGCGGCUCCCACCUGGUGGAGGCCCUCUACCUGGUGUGUGGAGAACGAGGCUUCUUCUACACCCCCAAGACCCGCCGGGCGCUGGACGAGCAGCAAGUGGGUGAGGCGGGGCCGGGGGCCGGCGGCCUGCAGCCCUUCGCAGGGGAGGGGCCGGCAUCCAGGCAGCAGCGGGGCAUCGUGGAGCAGUGUUGCACCAGCCUGUGCUCCCUCUACCAGCUGGAGAACUACUGCAACUAG